AUGGUCUGUAAGGGUACCAGUAACCUGGUAAAGUUAUGUGCAAGGUGCUGUCUCUAUCGAAUACAAGCAGCUAAAAGCUGGGUGAAACUACAGAUACGCUGGGAUCCUGAAAAGCAAGCUGAAAAUAAAAAGGAGAAUUUGGAGCUAGCUUACAGUAGUACCAGUCGUAGAGUGAUGACACAGACUUCAGAAAACGAGACACACAUAAUCCUGGAUGUUCAUCAGCACUUGAACACAGUGAUGACUAAGCAUGGGCUCAGCGCUACACGGAGUGCAUUACUUUCAAUUGAGGGGUGCAAGCUACCAAGUCAGAGCUACCUUCAAACUGCAAGCGACGUGCCUGGGGGUCACAACCUGGAUCCCUCUGCAAACUACAAUUCCCCAAAGUUUCGCUCAAGGAAUCAGAGCUACAUGAGAGCAGUGAGCACACUCAGUCAGGCCAGCUGCGUUAGUCAGAUGAGUGAAGCAGAGGUUAAUGGGCAAUUUGAAUCGGUGUGUGAAUCAGUGUUUAGUGAAGUUGAAGCUCAGGCAAUGGAUGCCCUUGACCUCCCUGGAUGUUUCCGAACAAGAAGCCACAGUUACUUGCGUGCCAUUCAGGCAGGUUAUUCCCAAGAUGAUGAAUGUAUUCCUGCGAUGGCCUCUUCCAACAUCACCUCAACUAUCAGGUCAACCACAGCUGCAACUUUCACAAGUUACAAAAAAACACCGCCUCCGGUACCUCCUCGUACCACUUCCAAGCCACUAAUCUCCGUCACAGCACAGAGCAGCACAGAAUCCACCCAGGACGCCUAUCACGAUAGCCGGACUCAGAGGAUUUCCCCGUGGCCUCAGGAUGGGCGAGGGAUGUACAACUCCACAGACAGUUUGGACAGUAACAAGGCCAUGAAUCUUGCCUUGGAGACUGCGGCUGCGCAGCGCCAUGCUUCUGAGAGCCAGGGAGCCUCGAUACGAACCAGCGACAAGGCCAUUUUGGUGUCAAAAGCUGAGGAGUUCCUUAAGAGUCGACGUUCCUCUAUAGGGAUUCAGGUGGAAACAGCGACCGAUUCAGAUACUGAGAGCAGAGGUCUACGGGAGUACCACUCUGUUGGGGUGCAAGUGGAAGAUGAAAAACGACAUGGACGAUUUAAGCGCUCAAACAGUGUAACAGCAGCUGUCCAGGCUGACCUGGAAUUGGAGGGCUUCCCAGGACACAUAACCAUGGAGGACAAAGGACUUCAGUUUGGCUCAUCGUUCCAGCAGCACUCAGAGCCCAGCACUCCUACUCAAUACAGCGCAGUGAGAACUGUACGGACACAGGGACUCUUCAGUUACAGAGAAGAUUAUAGGACCCCAGUUGACACCUCAAAUCUUCCACCACCAGAACCCUGGCUAGAACCAGCCAUUGAGACAGUAGAAACUGGUCGAAUGUCUCCUUGUCGACGGGACGGAUCUUGGUUUAUGAAGUUGCUACAUACUGAAACUAAGAGGAUGGAAGGAUGGUGUAAAGAAAUGGAAAGAGAGGCAGAAGAAAAUGAUCUUUCUGAAGAAAUCCUAGGUAAGAUCCGAAGUGCUGUUGGAAGUGCUCAGCUCCUCAUGUCUCAGAAAUUCCAGCAAUUUUAUUGGCUCUGUCAGCAAAAUCUGGACCCGAGUGCCAUGCCGAGACCAACUUCCCAGGACCUAGCAGGAUUCUGGGACUUAUUGCAGCUCUCGAUUGAAGACGUCAGCAUGAAGUUCGAUGAACUGCACCAGUUGAAACUCAAUGAAUGGAAAAUAAUAGAAUCACCUGAAAGGAAGGAAGAAAGAAAGGUUCCUCCUCCUGUACCAAAGAAGCCCCCAAAAGGAAAAUUCCCUAUCACAAGAGAAAAAUCUCUGGACCUACCCGACAGACAGCGACAAGAGGCUAGAAGACGGCUCAUGGCUGCUAAGAGAGCAGCCUCUUUCCGGCAGAAUUCAGCCACAGAGCGUGCAGACAGCAUUGAGAUCUAUAUCCCAGAGGCUCAAACCCGGCUUUAAAGACAGAAUGCUGCAGAGUUUCUUUUUUAAACAAAAUGCUUGUACAGUUUGUCACUUACCUGGUAAUUUUUGUCUCAUUCUCUCCACUAAAUAUGCCCUCGCUGUUGUGUUCUUUGUGCCAUAAGCACAGUGGAAUGCUUUUGAUUUCCUCAGAAUUUGCUGAGCUCACUGCAAGAACAACUUCUUUUGUAUUUAUUGUCUGACUUACAAUCAGCUACAAUGGAUAGGGCUUGUUGAGACCUGACUUAUCCAAUAUAUUCUCAGAGGACAACAAGAAACACCUCUUGAGAUGGAACCCAGCUUACUUUUUUGUUAUUUAUAUUUUUAUAAAAUGUGUGAUAAUUAGGGAUAAGAAUAACAAACUAUAAAUGGGUGCAUCUCACCAUUCACUAGAGGCAUUAGCUAAUCCAAGUAGAAGGUGCUACAAAUGUAAAGAGCAGGAAAGAAAGAACCCAUUUAUCUCUCUGACCUCCAGUUUGUUUUCCUUGAAUCCAGCUAAAAUAUUUGCCCAUGUGCUCUGCCACUCUACUCGUCUUUGUUACUGCAAAAUAACAUUAGGCCUCUCAUGUCAUGUCAAGUUUCUGGAGAUGAACAGGGAUAUCCAGCCACUAAAACUCCAAAGUUCGUGAGAAACCAAGAAGCGUGCAAGCCUGGUGAUGUUGGGAAUGCCCAGUGAGAAACGUUUGCUGCUAGCAGUAGAACGACCUUCUGAAACCUAAGCAAAAUGAUGAUGCAAGAAGACUUGAGUGAUGGGUGAAAGGAAAAUGGAAGCCUUAAAAGUUAGAUCUUCUGUAGCAAGAUGUGUAAAGAAAAAGUUAUACUUACUCCUUCGGAACAUUCAUUGCAUUUUUAACAGUUAUUUUAUGUGUUAACAUUUAUUUUAUAAACCUCUCUUUUAUUUCAAGAGCUGCGCUACAUGUAAUAUUUCAAACUCUUCAAAAUGUUAUAUCAAUUGAGUUUCCAGGGUAUCCUUGAGAAAAAAAAAAAUCUUGCUUGUUUAAAAUGCCAGUUGUGAUGUUGUAACCAGUUUAAGAAAUAUGAAUGUGAGUGGUAAGUAUAUCUAAGUUUAAAUGGUUAUGUUAAGGUAAAGGUGAACUGUGGUUUACAGUUGUAUUUUUUUUAGAACUAUUUUUCUAUGCAGGAUCAGUUAUAGCAAGAAUAACCUUCUUGCUUGCUUCAGACAUU